AUUCUUCGAGACGUGGGCGAUGAAAAAACUUUGAUGCCACAGAAGAGUGAUGGCAUGUUUACUUUGGCCGAAACUGCUCGCCAGAUAAUGACUCUUCAUUUUCUCCCACCAUUUAAGCUCGUUUAUAUCAAUUGAAGCUUGUCAAAAAAGGCAAUCUGCGCUUUGGAUCACAACUAUUCGGCUCCUCGGCGCCUUGCAAACGAGUUGAAUUGUUAUAGCUGAUAGAAAAAACCUAAGAAUGGAUCGCUGGGUCGGCAGGGUUGCAAUCGUGACAGGGGCAAGCGUUGGAAUCGGAGCAGCAAUCGCCAAGACCCUCGCCCUGAAAGGAAUGAAGGUCGUUGGCGUUGCCCGCAGGGUGGAGAAAAUACAGGCGUUAGUGGAGGAGCUGAAGUUAGAAAAUCCGAAAGGCGAAUUGCACGCAAUUAAGGGAGAUGUGACCAACGAGGAGGAUAUCAAAAGAAUCGUCCAGUGGACCCGAGAAAAACUGGGAGGAACAGACGUCCUCGUGAACAAUGCCGGUUGCGGUAUUUUAAAAAAGCUGUCUGAAAUUUCACUGGCUGACAUAAGGAAAGUUUUGGAUUUGAACGUAGUUGGACUGACUCUGUUCACGCGAGACGUGAUUCAAGACAUGAAAAGCAGGGGUGUCAUCGACGGCCACAUUUUUCACAUCAACAGUGUUGUCGGCCACGAAAUCAUCAACUACCCCAUGAUCGAAAUGUACACGGCCAGCAAACACGCGGUCACUGUCUUAACCGAAGGAUUGCGGAGAGAGCUGCGCGACAUGGGCACCAAGACCCGCGUGACAAGUAUCAGUCCUGGUGCAGUAAAGACGGAAUUCGCGUUGGCCUCUGGACUGCCAGAGGAACAAGCGCGAAAAGUAUAUGAUGGAAUUCCGUGUCUCGAGUCACAGGAUGUUGCAGACGCACUCGUUUACGCACUAACGGCCCCGCCGCACGUUCAGGUGCAUGAAAUGAUCAUCCACGCCACUGGUGAAUUGUGUUGGAAGAUCUUAAGUGUCGAGUCGUUAGUCAAACGCGAUCAUUACGGGUUAAGAUUUCAAAGAAUGGACCGUUGGGUAGGAAGAGUUGCGAUCGUGACGGGGGCGAGCGUUGGAAUCGGAGCAGCUAUCGCCAAAAGCCUCGCCCUGAGAGGGAUGAGAGUUGUUGGCGUUGCUCGUAGGGUGGAGAAAAUACAGGCCUUAAUUGAGGAACUGAAGGCGGAGAACCCGAAGGGAGAAUUGCACGCUAUCAAGGGGGAUGUUACUUGCGAAGACGAUAUCAAAAGGAUCGUCCAGUGGACUCGAGAAAACCUCGGCGGCACGGAUGUCCUUGUGAACAAUGCCGGCGGCGGCGUUUUGAAAAAAUUAUCUGAAAUUUCGCUGGCCGACAUCAGGAAAACCUUAGAUUUGAACGUGGUUGGACUGUCUCUGUUCACGAGAGAUGCGAUUCAGGACAUGAAAAGCAGGGGCGUCAAUGAUGGCCACAUUUUUCACAUCAACAGCAUUGCCGGUCAUGAAAUAUUGAAUAUGCUCGGGACAGAGAUUUACUCGGCUAGCAAGCACGCAGUUACUGCUUUGACAGAAGGACUGCGGAGAGAACUGAGAGACAUGGGCACCAAGAUUCGCGUGACGAGCAUCAGCCCUGGUGAAGUGAAGACAGGAAUCGCGGUGGCAAGCGGGAUGUCGGAAGAAGAAGCUGAGGAACUUUACAAGAGCAGGCCAUAUCUUGAGACAGAAGACAUCGCCAAUGCGCUCGUUUACGCUUUAGCAGCACCACCUCACGUUCAGGUGCACGAAAUAAUAAUUUUACCCACCGGCAGACCCUAAGUGCCUAAAAGACCCAAAUUUUAUUAGUGCAUAAAGUGUGCGUGGAACAAAAAUAAUGUAAAUUAUGUGCCACAUUGUUGCAUUCGCAAAGAGCAAAAAUCCGCAUGCAUAUAGAUCAGAAAAUGAGCCAUGAUGAUGAUUG